UCUAAAUGGUACUUGUUCAUCUGGCUUAACACAGCCGAAUUAGUGUAGAAGUAGUUACAGAGCACAUGGAAUCAUGGUUAUAAUGUGCAAUGUAGGGUAUAUUUAUUAUUACAAAUUAGUUUCAGAAUUAAUUCGUCUAUUGGAGUAGAUAUGCACAUAAUUUGCAAAACAAAUCCACUGAUCACGAUACGCAUUGGUGCUAACAGCGAUCGUUCAAUAUUAUCGGAUUCACAUUGCGAGUUCAUGGAUCAGAUAGCCAUGUCUUCGAAGCGACCUGUGUCAACAAAUACUGACGAGCGGCCGUACAAAUGCGAGAUAUGUGGUAAAGGAUUCAUUCAGAAGUAUCAGCUGAAGCAACAUAUGUUAACCCACACUGGCGAGCGGCCAUACAAAUGUGAUAUCUGUGGCAAAUCAUUUUAUGAUGGGAGUAUUUUGAGCAAGCACAGAAAAAUUCACAGCAAUGAACGAUCGCAUAAGUGCGAGAUAUGUGGCAAGGAAUUCGUUUAUAGCCAUCACCUGAAGCAACAUGUGGUAACUCACACUGGCGAGCGGCCGUACAAAUGUCAUAUAUGUGACAAAUCAUUUGCCCGUCAAGGUGUCUUAACUUUACACAGAAAGAUACACAAUAAUGAACGACCGCAUAAAUGCGAGAUAUGCGGCAAAGGUUUCAUUCAGAAGAAUAAGCUGAUGCAACAUGUGGUAACUCACACUGGCGAGCGACCAUACAAAUGUCAUAUAUGUGACAAAUCAUUUGCCCGUCAGAGUAUCUUAACUGUUCACAACAAGAUGCACAGUAAUGAACGGCCGCAUGAAUGCGAGAUGUGUGGCGAAGGAUUCCUUCAGAAGGUUCAGCUGAAGCAUCAUGUGGUAACUCACACUGGCGAGUUUCUGUACAAAUGCGAGAUAUGUGGCAAGGAAUUCGUUUAUGGUCAUCACCUGAAGCAACAUGUGGUAACUCACACUGGCGAGCGGCCGUACAAAUGUCAUAUAUGUGACAAAUCAUUUGCCCGUCAGAAUAUGUUAACUGUGCACAGCAAGAUGCACAGUAAUGAACGACCGAAUGAAUGCGAGAUGUGUGGCGAAGGAUUCCUUCAGAAGAAUCAGCUGAAGCAACAUGUGGUAACUCACACUGGCGAGUUUCUGUACAAAUGUGAUAUUUGUGGCAAAUCAUUUUUUGAGGGGAGUACUUUGAACAAGCACAGAAAAAUUCACAGCAGUGAACGAUCGCAUAAGUGCGAGAUAUGUGGCAAGGAAUUCGUUUAUAUUCAUCACAUGAAGCAACAUGUGGUAACUCAUACUGGCGAGCGGCCGUACAAAUGUCAUAUAUGUGACAAAUCAUUUGCCCGUCAAGGUGUCUUAACUUUGCACAGCAAGAUACACAAUAAUGAACGACCGCAUAAAUGCGAGAUAUGCGGCAAAGGUUUCAUUCAGAAGAGUAAGCUGAUGCAACAUGUGGUAACUCACACUGGCGAGUUGCCGUACAAAUGCGAGAUAUGUGGCAAAGGAUUCGUUCAGAAGUGUUGGUUUGAGCCACAUAUGUUAUCUCAUACUGGCGAGUUGCCACACAAAUGCGAGAUAUGUGAUAAAGGAUUCCAUCAGAAGUAUCAGUUGAAGCAACAUAUUUUAACUCACACUGGCGAGCGGCUGCACAAAUGUGAUAUUUGUGGCAAAUCAUUUUAUCAGGUGAGUAAUUUGAACAAGCACAGAAAAAUUCACAGCAAUGAACGAUCGCAUAAGUGCAAGAUAUGUGGUAAAGGAUUCCUUCGGAAGUAUCUGCUUGUGAAACAUAUGUUAACUCACACUGGCGAGUUGCCGUACAAAUGUUAGAUGUGUGGGAAAGGAUUCCUUGAAAAGUAUUUGCUUGAACAACAUGUGGUAACUCACUGGCGAGCGGCCGUGCAAAUGUGAUAUAUGUGGCAAAUCAUUUAAGUUGAAAAGAUGUUUGAUCAGGCACAGAAAUUCACAUUAACGGUCACAUAAUGGAGUUUUGUGGCAAAGAAUUCCUUCUGCAGAAACGUCUGCAACAUUUCCUAAUCUAAACUGGUGAGCGGCAUGUGCAUAUCAACAUAUGAGGUUUGUGACAAACCAUACGCGCAAAAAAUGAAUUGUAUGUACAAUAAAAUGAAGAUUGAAUUCAAUAAUAAAAGUAUUGACCGGAA